CCAUGCUCCACGCAUGUACCCCCCAAACAUUUCGUAACCGAUUCGUAAACAACGGAGAAAAAUAAAUCCUCCUCUGGGGCGUAAAAAAUCACUUGUCAGUGAUUCCAAGCUCUCAAAAAAUGGGUGACGACGAGAGUUCGGACAGCAGUGACGAUUACCUCCUCUCCCCGGACAAAAUCGACCUGGACAGUGAGUUUUUCUCGCAGGCAACCUCAAAAAUUGCAUCAAACAAAGCCCCCGCAGGCUACAUAUCCUCCAAUGACUCGUCAGACGAUGACUUCAUUGAGGAAGAGAGGAAGGACUCCUCGGUUCUGCUGGCGGAGGUCCUGAGGCACCUAGAGGAAACCAAGAGCAGUCCUGGGGUGUCUGCCCUGCCCCCAAAGGCGGCCCCAUCCCCAGAGAAGAAAACGAAGCUGGAGCUGGCAGACGAGAUAAACCACUUGCUGGCAGGAGAGAGUGGCCUGGGGAGUUUCGACACUCAAACCGACGAGGAUGAUGACGAUAAGCCCCCAGAGGGAGUCUCCAAGUACACGAUCCCCAAAGAGGGGAUUGCCAUCACCCUCCCAGGGACUGAACUGCUCUUUAACAGGAGGAAGAAACGAGGGGUCGAUUUGGAGGCCCAACUCAUCAAGAAGAUGAACCAGAGACUGAGGUCUAGUCAGCUGUACAUUCACAAGGUUGGAUUGCUCUGCUGGCUGGCUCACGGAUUCCACCUCAAUGUCCAGGUCAACGACUCGGAAAUCCUGUCGACGGCGAUGAGUCUCGUGCCCCAGACGUACUGCCCAGAUGGCAGAGUCGACCUGAAGUACCUGGAGGGCUUCACCAAGUGGUUCAAGAAGAUCAUCAGGGUGGAGCUCACCAAGGGGGAUGUGGGGGUCACCAGGGAGACGCUUCUCGAGAGAAUCAGGAAAAGGACGGCUCACAAUCACAGGGAGCUGGUGCUGAUUUAUUUGGCGACACUCAGGGCUAUUGGGCUUAACUGCCGAUUGGUUGUGGCUCUGUGCCCUCCAGCCAUGAAACCACGCAGGGAUCAGCUCUUCCAGGUGCCUAAUCGAGUUAAUGACCUAAUCGAGGAGAAGGAGGAGGCGAAGACUAAAGUCAACAAGGAGAGCAGGAAGAAGGCUGUGCAGGUGUUGAAGAAAGGCCAGUGGAACUCGAGGAAGAAGAGGAGUGGCUCGCCCUCCAAGAUCGUCCCUGAGAACAGCAGCGCGGGGCAGGCUGCUGCCAAGGAUGUCGUCAAGAAGAAGGCGGUUCAAGUGUUCUUGUCCAAGUUUUCGAGAAGUCCUGUUAGAAAGUCUAUUGGGGGCACUGAUCAGAAGUCGACCGAGACUGAAGAGGAGAUAUUGGAACCAUCUCCUAUUGUUAGCCGACUGAGAUCCAAGACUGGCGGGACAGCAAAAACUAGGGCAGCUUCAGCCGAAGAAUCGACAAAAUCAUCUUCUUCCAAGGACUCUGUGAAAUUGUCUUCAUCAAAAGAGUCAACGACAUCACCUGGAUCGAAGGAGUCAAAAUCUUCAUCGACAACAUCUAAAGUUAAGUUGGAUCUCAGAAAAGUUCCUGAGAGAAGCAGUAAAAAGAAAGCUGAGGCUGUGGCGUCGACGAGUGAUUCUGACUCUGACUUCAGUCCCCCCAAGAAGCAAAAAGUCACUGCUAAGAGUUCGAAGACUUCGAGAUCUAGGGACAAUGUUGAAAGGAAACCCAGGUCAGAGAGUAAGGCAAAUUCUAAAGCUUCUACCUCCAGGAAAUCGAGUAUUGAUCGUCGAGUUUUGUCUUCCGACGAGGAGGAUCAAGUCGAGAAGAUUGAUGCGAGGGAUUCUAGAUACUUAUGGGUCGAGGUCUACGUGGAAUCCGAGGAGAGUUGGAUAAGCGUUUCUGUUCCUGACGAGAAGAUCCACUGUGUCUCCGAGAUCUUCAAGAAGAUUCCUCGUCCAGUUCUCUACAUCAUUGGGUGGAACUCGUCAGGGACCUUGAAGGACAUCACGAGGAGGUACUGCCCCCACUGGUUGACGGACACGAGGAAGCACAGGGUGGAUGAGAAGUGGUGGAAGGAAAGCCUGGCUCCCUGGGCUGAGAAGGACACUGCCAUGUCCAGGGCUGAAGACGAGAUGCUCCUGCAGAAAGAGCUCGAACAGCCACUGCCCAAAACUCUUGCUGAGUGCAAGGGACAUCCCCUCUACGUGGUUCAAAGGCACUUGCUGAAAUUUGAGGCACUUUAUCCUCCGGAUUGCGUUCCUCUGGGGCAUCUGAAGACUGGGGAUGCCAUAUACUCUCGCCAUUGUGUGCACACCCUUCGGUCGAGGGAAACUUGGCACAAGGAGGCGAGAGUUGUUAAACCUGCGUCUGAGGCUUACAAAGUUGUUAAAUCCAUGCCUAAGUGGGAUAAGUUCACAGGACAAAAGCUGCCCCCCGAACCUCUCGAGCUAUUUGGACAAUGGCAAACGACACCUUAUAUACCUCCUGAAGUCAAAGAUGGAAUUAUACCACGCAAUGAAUACGGGAAUGUUGAUCUGUUCAAACAGUGUAUGCUGCCUAAGGGUGCUGUUCAUAUCGAUCUGCCAGGAUUAAACAGAAUAGCAAGAAAGCUGAAGAUUGAUUGUGCACCAGCUUGUGUGGGCUUCAACUUUGGUUGCAGAGGAGCCCUCCCAGCAUUCGAGGGUUUUAUCGUGCCAGAGGAGCACGAAGAUAUACUCCGAGAAGCCUGGGAGGAAGAGCAAGUUGCAGCAGCCAAAAGGGCAAGGGAGAAGCGAGACAAACGAAUCUGGGGAAAUUGGAGGAAGUUAAUUCGAGGACUGAUGAUCAGGGAGCGAUUAGCGGCCAAGUACGAGUUUAAAGCUGAUGAUGAUGAUGAUGGGGAUGAUGAAGAAGGGGGUGAACCUUCAGAGCCGUCUGCCAAGCGCAAGCAGAGAGGCGAGAAGAAAUCACUGAAAAAAGUUAAGAAAACGUAAGAUUAUUACUGAGCAAUUGCGUAAUAAUUUCUACCAGUAUUGUUACUAUUGAGGAAAAUUGAGCUAGCGAAGAGAAAGAUUGCUUUCAACACUUGUUAUGAAUCGAAACACCGUUGAUUGUUUGUAGUCUCUGUCUAUAUAUUUAUUUAAACUUCAACAUUCAAUGUUACCGGUCCCUCUAGGUCUACAUAACGACAAAAUAUUUCUCUAUUUUUCUUCCUGCUACGUGCACACUUUUUGUCUAUUGAAGAAUUUAAAAUUGAGCUUUAUAAUUGGAUAGUUUUUCAGUCAACAGAGAAUGAUAAUAUAUUUUUCCUCAUUUACUCAAUGAGUUGUCAUUAUUCAUCGAGAACUAGAAAUAACGUACAGUUGAAUAAAUUUAUACUUUUCUCUACGAUUUGAACAUUUAAUUCAACAUUAUGCCACUUUCAGAAUCAGAAAGUAUUAUAUUAAAAAUAAUCUAUUUACAUUCUC